AUGGCGCCCAAGUUUUCAAAGCAGCCAUUGUUGGCUUUGCUGUGUCUCACGUCAGCUUUUGCCUGGGGACAAUCAGAUAAAGGAACCGCCGUUCAUUCUUGCCUUGUAGAAAAGGGCGUUCGCGCAAUUCUAUCCACAGACGCCGGCUGGGCCAACGCUACCAAUGCCUUCCAACAAAGAAUUCCGCGAGCACCAGCUGCCAUUGCUUUCCCCCAGAACAAGGAUGAGGUCGCCCUAGCUUUGGAGUGUGCCCGUCAAGCUUCUAUCAAAGUUUCGGUUACUGGACGGGCACACUCAUUCCAAGGCUUCGGCUUCGGUUUCGCUGGCAAUCUAGUGAUUGACAUGGAUGCUUUUACAGAUAUCACUUUUGAUGAGUCUACAAAACAGCUCACCUGUGGCGGAGGCGUGAACAUUGGACCUGCAGCCAAGUUUGCCUAUGACAAACAUCACUACCACUAUCCUCAUGUGCGAGGCUCUCACGUUGGAAUGGCCGGUAGCAUCUUCGGCGGCGGCUUUGGAACCACAAGCAGACUUCUCGGCAUCCCGAGCCAAAACCUUGUGUCCGUUGAGUUUAUGCUCGCUAAUGGCACAAUCGUGAACGCAACUCCUGGGUCUGAUCUCCUUUGGGCGGCUCAGGGAGCGGGACCUAACUUCGGAGUCGCACUCUCUACAACUACCAAGACCUUCCCAGUUCCGUAUGAGACUCCUCUGAAUUACACGCUUUCCUUGGGCAAAAUUGACGACGAUCGUGCUACUGCUGCGGCUAUGGCUGUUCAGAAGUGGGCCCUUGAUGGACUUGCACCUAAUGAACUCUCACUUCGAUUUUCGCUUCGUGAGGCAGAUUCCACAGGAUUCUACUACGGGGAUGAAGCUUCAUUCGACAAAGCCCUCGCCCCGCUUGUUAACUCGCUCAAUGCAAUCGGAAUCAACGCCACCGUGACCAAGACUAUCCAACGAUCCUUUUGGGACUCUGAGAUAGCUGCUGCAGGCCCUGGAAUGAACGAUCCCCAAGGUGGUACUCUUGGAGGCCGCGCUUCCCACGUCCAGUCUUGGGUCAAGACUACCGACAGCCCAUUCACUGCAGAGCAACUCAAGCUUCUGAUUUCAGCUAUCCGCGCCUUCAACCGAACUGACAUGACUCGCACCGGCGUUAUGGAUUUAUGGGCGGGUGACAAUAACGACGUCAAAGACAGCGAGCAUGCCUUUGCCCAUGGCAAGAACCUUUGGCUCGUGCGUGUGGACGGUAUCGGAAAAGAUGGUGUUUGGCCUAGCGAUGGCAUCAAGUACAUGCAUGAUCUUUUCAAGCCAUUUGAAGCCGCUCUGAAGAAGGCGGGACUGCUUCGCGGCUUCGUCAACUACGUUGACUCCGAGCUUAGUGUGAAGGAAUGGAGUUCAAGACUAUAUGGCAAAAACUUUGCUAAGCUACAGCAGAUCAAGGCUGCUAUUGACCCAUCGGAAAUGUUCUCAGGUUUCGCUCUGGCGAUUCCUCUCCCUCGUCGUCGCUAA